AUGUCCAUCAGAGGUAGGUCAGAAGUGAGCCCAAACCAGAGGGAGACCCUAUGGUCUGGGAAACCCACAAGGUCCAAACAGUUCAGCCACGUUAAGCUUGAAACUGUCAUCACCGGGCAUUUGACUCAAGAACAACUCGAUGCGUACCAACAAGUGUUUAGGAUAGAAGAAAUUUCCGAUUUGCUAAGAAAAUCACAGCAACAACACAGGCUGUUACUUGAAUUUCUACCAUCAUCGCAUGCUGAACCGGGAAGCCACUACAAAAGAGACCCGUCACCACCACCAAAGUAUGACAAGCAAGGAAAUAGAAUCAACACCAGAGAGCAACGUGUGCGAGAGGCUUUGGAGAAGGAGAGACACGAACUAGUUGAGUUGGCUGCAUCAAACAUCAAAAACUAUAGUGCUCCAUCUGAUUACCGCAAGCCUUCAAAGACGUUUGAAAAAUUGUACAUUCCUGUUAAGGACUACCCGGAUAUCAAUUUUGUUGGGUUUUUGAUUGGGCCUAGAGGUAGAACAUUGAAAAGGCUACAAGAUGAAAGUGGGGCGCGCCUUCAGAUUCGUGGCAAGGGUUCCGUCAAGGAGGGUAAAUCUACACAAAUGGCAAUUGAAGAUCAAUCAUCAACUGGUACGGACUCUGUUGAAGACGACUUGCACGUUUUGAUCACUUCUGAUUCACAACAAAAGAUUGCCAAGGCCGUUAAAUUAGCUAAUGAGGUUAUUGAAAAAUUGGUUUUCUCCCCCGUGGGUCAAAAUGAGCUAAAGCGGGAGCAAUUGAAAGAGUUGGCUGUUUUGAAUGGUACACUACGAGAAACAAAGCCAUUUGAUCCUGAAGCUUAUCAAAGGAGACAGCAGCGGUCAUUCGAUAUUACAAAGAUUGUCUGUAAGAUAUGUGGCAAAGUUGGUCAUUAUGCAAGGGAUUGUAAUCAGAAAUCACAACAUGGUGGAGAUCAACAUCGUCGGGGCAUGGACUCUUACACUCCACAUCCAAACGCAAACCACGAACUGCCCGAACAAGCAUCGAAGAGACAAAGAACAGAGAUGCCCUUGCCUCCAUGGCAAAGUGCGGAUGCUCGUGGACCCAAUACUCCAGUGCUUCCUCCAUCUGUCCCCUCCUCCAGUCAUCUACCUCCACCACCUACAAUAUCAAGUACAGGCAAUCUUCCGCCGCCUCCGCCAACGAUAUCAACCAAACGUGAUUCACACUUGCCACCAAUGCCUCAUAUACUGGCCAAACAAACAAGCAAACCACCUCCGCCUCCGGUGCUGAAACCGACCCCUCCUCCACCUGGGCCACCAGCGCCACCCAUAAACAAAAAGACUACAUCAGCGAAGCCUCCUCCACCACCAGCUCCACCAGCUCAACCAGCUCCACCAGCUCCACCAACUCCACAUUCUCGGCCACCACCACCUCCUUCAGAAUAA